UGAUAUAUCAUCCAGAUAAAAAUAAAGGAAGUGAAGAAGCUGCAAAAAUUUUCCGUGAUAUAACUUCAGCAUAUGAAAUCUUGGGAAAUGUCCGUCAAAGAAAAUUAUAUGAUAGUGGAGCUAACUUAAAUCAAAAUUCUUCUCAAUUUACUACUAAACAACAACCUUUUGAAACAAUGUAUACAAAAAAUGAUAUUUAUAAAACCAAUGUCCGUAGCAGAGACUAUAAUUUUGAACAGUGGUCUAAGGCUCAUUAUACAAAUGUAUUUAGGCGACACCAUGAAACUCGACAAAAACAUACAAGAAACAAAAUGAACGAUGAAUAUGCAGAACGACAAAAUUCAUAUAAUUUAUUGACAAUUAUGGUCUUUGCAAGUAUUUUUAUUUUAAUUUCAAUGUUUGAACACGUGAAAAAAAUACUUAUUGAACGCAAUAGAGUAAAAAGAAUUUCUGACAAAAAUAUACAAGAUGAUUAACAUAAAUAAUUUAUUUUAAAUGUCUAGUUAUUGAAUUAGUUUAUUGAAAAUGUCAAAGAAUCAACUAUAAAUUCUAUAUAC